CUUCACUAAUGUGAUAAGUUAAUUAAUAAUAUUUUAUAGUAGGUUCUGUAGUUGCCCCUAAUAGUAAAUUAAGACAGUUUAAUAGCGAAUUGAGCAGUGAAAAUAAGAAACUAGCAGUCAGUAAAUUUUUUAUUAGUAAUCUUCUUGUACACAAUUAUUUCUUCUGAUGAGUAAUAAUCAUUAAAAAAAUAUAAAAAUCAUGUCCAAUAAUACUAACAAUCAGAAUGAUGCAUUACUGUAUCGCUUACAACAAAUGAACCUGAAUAAUGGGUCAUCUGAUUAUCAACGAUUUUCUCCGAAUUCUUCGCUCAAUCGUAGGGCGAAUCCACAAUCCAUAAAUUAUUCUCAACCAAUUUAUCAUUAUAUGCCCGAGGAAGCUUCAAGUCAAGGAAUCUAUGAGAAUGUUGAGUAUGGAUCAAAGCUACAAGUCACAGAUCUAGACGCAAUCGAUCAGAACUUUGAAUCCAGUAAUGCAAAGGCACAACCUCAAUUACGUCCGUCGAAUGGAAACAAUAUGAGUUUUAGUCAAGAACAUGAGAAUUUACGAUAUGCUCAUACACCACAACCUUCGGAAGUUGAACCGCAACCUAUAUAUGAGAAUUUGCAAGUGAUUUCAGGACAACAAGCACAACCUCAAGCAUCACCAGCUAAUAAACAAAUUUAUUACUAUGAACGAAGUGGAUCAAAUAGUCCACAAAUUCCAUAUCAUUUACAACGAGAACAUCUUGCGUCUGAUUCAUUAGUUCUCAAUACGUCUGCUAGCUCAAAGUAUAUUAAUAUAGCCAGUGGCGGCAAUGCUAUUUAUCAUAGCGCUUCAGCGUCAUUGCCAGCACAAAAAAGUUUGCCACCAAAAACAAUAUUACAGCACCAGCAGCAACUAAAAAUCAUUCAAUCUCCAAAUAAGGAUUAUGUCCAAAUAAAUCCGCCAAUUAAUUACUCAAAUCAAAUCCAACAGCAGCAACAGCAGCAUCCUCAAAGCUCUUCCCCAUCAAAAUCACUCACUCGUUCAUACCAACACUCAUCGCCAACAAAAUCAAUCGGAAGCGCUGGAUCUCGUACAGCAAUGGAUGAUAUUAAUGGAUCUGACUAUGUAUGCAUGAACAGUGGAACUCUCUCAAAGAAACUACAAGGAAGCACUAAUGGAAAUGGUAAACAGUCAGCGACAAACCAAAUUCCAGCUUCUCAAGUUGUUAUCCAACGUUCUCCUGUUAUUCCGCCUCUCUCAAAUAUAGACUUAAAGACUAACUAUACGACGCCAGCGAAUGAGCUUCCACAAGCACAAUAUUCAACUGCAGCCAAUCAGCAAAUUGACUCGAUUGCUGCUGCCAAGCAGUCUGUUAAUUUAAAUAAAAUAUCAUCAACAUCAAGCUCACCAGUCAAUAAAACGUCGUCGCCAACACCAUCAAUUGGCUCAUCUGGAAAAGUUAAAUUUAAAAACUUACUUCCAUAUAGUGUCACAUCACGGCCAGCUGGCAAAACGGAUGCUGAAAGAAAGAUUGAAGAGUUAACGCGUGCAUUAGAAGAAGAAAUGGAGAAGAAUGAAGAACAGGGAGAAUAUUUUGGAAUUUGUCAUACGUGCAAGCUAAAGGUUACCGGUGCAGGACAAGCUUGUCAGGCAAUGGGAAAUUUGUAUCAUACAGCAUGUUUUAUUUGCUGUCAAUGUGGACGAGCCUUACGCGGAAAGGCCUUUUAUAAUGUUUUAGGUCGUGUCUAUUGUGAAGAAGAUUAUUUGUAUUCUGGAUUCCAACAGACAUCAGAAAAAUGUAAUAUUUGUGGACAUUUAAUUAUGGAAAUGAUUUUGCAUGCUAUGGGUAAAUCCUAUCAUCCUGGCUGCUUUAGAUGUUGUGUAUGCAAUGAAUGCUUGGAUGGAGUUCCUUUUACAGUGGACGUGGACAAUAAAAUUUAUUGUGUGAAUGAUUAUCAUUUUUUAUAUGCACCUAAAUGUCAUGCUUGUAAAAAGAGUAUAACGCCAUUAUCAGAUAGCGAGGAAACCGUUCGCGUUGUUUCUAUGGAUCAAGAUUUUCAUGUCGACUGUUAUAAAUGCGAAGCAUGUCAGAUGCAAUUGACAGAUGAAGCAGAUAAACGUUGUUAUCCACUUGAUGGGCAUUUGUUGUGCCGCAAUUGUCAUUUGCAGCGAAUCAAUACACAUAGUCGCAUGAUUGAACCGGCUUCAAUUAGCUAUCAGUUUAUGAAUUAAAUGAAUUUCAGGAGAUGAUUUUAAGGUAAUCAAAAACUCAGAAAUAAUCUUUUAGAACUAGACUUUAAGGAAGCAUUUUUCAUCAACAUAACUAUCUAUGAUUGCAAGAUUGAAGUUUUAAUAAGUUUCUAUUAUACCAAGUAUUAUAAAGAAAACUACUCUUAUGCAUAGAUAUGAUUUGUGAUAUGAGUAUUAAUAUGAACAUCAUAUAGAGAGUUAUGAUGCAUUUUAAUGGCAAUUAUUUUGAAAUCAAAACUGCAAUUUCAAACAUUCCAUUUUUUAA